GCGGCACGAGGUUCUACAAGAUUGCCGUUCCCAAACAAACGAAACCCGGCUUUUUCAUCGUUCGACUUACGUUUGUGCUUUUAUCUCCUCCGCGUUAUCAUAACGGGCGAAAUGUCGUACAAAGGGCCGCAGAAAGUGCAGAAGGUGAUGGUCCAGCCGAUCAACCUCAUAUUCCGUUACCUGCAGAACAGGUCGCGCGUCUGCGUCUGGCUCUACGAAAACAUCAACCUCAGGAUCGAGGGUCACAUCGUCGGCUUCGACGAGUACAUGAACCUCGUCUUGGACGACGCCGAAGAAUACCAUGUCAAGUCGAAAACAAGGCGGACACUCGGACGCAUCAUGAUGAAAGGGGACAACAUCACACUCAUCCAAAACGUCAACCCUACCGCCAUGGACUCAUCAUCAGGCUAAACCACCAAUAAAGACUUUUUAACUAUUUUUUUUAUUCAAAAUUCUGCAGCCUUUUGUAUAUUGGACUUUAUAUAAAUAUAAUUUUCUUUUUUUAUGUA